AUGUUCUCUCUACUCACUCUGAUCAGUUCAAAAUUCGCACUUCCCCAUUUAGAUCGUUUUCAAACAUAUGCAACUGGCUAUCUAAUCGGCAAAGACAAACUCGAAUUUAACUAUACUCAGACAAUUUCCUGUACACCAAACAAAACACCGUCUUCAUCAUUGGAAUUUUCGGUACAUUAUCUGAAACAGUUGUAUACACUGCCAGUUUAUGAUCAAAAUGAAGAAAAACUCGAAUGGUCUGGUGAACCAUUGUUAGAAACCCAAAGUAGUCCAACAUGUCCUAACGGUUUCGAACGACAAAGUUCAUUUUGUCACGAAUGUUCGACUUGUCUACCUGAAAAGUGUGAAAUUGGAUAUCGAAAAAAUUAUCAAUCAGGAUUAUGUGAAGAUAUCAAUGAAUGUCACGAACAGACAAAUAUCUGUCAAUAUAUGUGUGAAAAUCAGAUCGGAUCUUAUCGAUGUUUUUGUCCAAUCGGAUUCAAAAUGAACGAGCUAGGACAAUGUCAAGACGUCAACGAAUGUCAACAGUUUCAGAUUGAUUGCGGUCAAGAUCGAACAUGUUUCAACACGCAAGGUGCUUACGAGUGUAUCGAUGUUCCAUGUCCUGUGAACUAUCUCCGGAACAAUAAAACGGAUUGUCAAUCGAAGUGUGCCCAUCGUUCCACGUGUUCACCUCGUCGCGCGAUGUAUAUUCGUUAUCGAUUCAUUGCAUUGCCACGCUUAACACCCUCGAACAAGAUUCUAUUCACUUUACCAAAUCUCGAUUUGAACAAGACGUCAAGAAAACUCGUCGAUCGAAAUCAUUUCAAUUCAUCAUUUCCGUUCGUGUUGGAUGGUUCAAAUCUGAAAACCGGCCAAAUUCUGAUAGAUUCCAAUGAGUAUGAACUGGAAAUUCAUGUGUACAAGAACGAACCGUUUAACCGUCGUCGUUUAUCAACAAUUUACAUUGUACAGAUCAAUGUUUCUCCGUUUCAUUUUUGA